AUAAAACAAAAGGUUAGGGAAAUUGUUGAGUUCCAUUACCGCGAAAAUUCAAGGAUCGUCUCCCCCAAAAUUCAUAGCAUUUCUGAUGUUGAUUGUGGAGCGAUACUUUUUCUGUUCUUCUCCCAAGAAACACGCAAGCAGUCAAAGAAUGACUACUGAGUUAGUGAUCCCUUGCAUGGAACCGUCUUUCACUUUAGCAUUAUUCCAUCCGAUCCACUGGAUUAUAGAUAUCAAUCUGCUUUCGCUUUUUCCUUUCACUUUACCUCAUCCUUUGCUCCUUUUUAUAUGUUCGUCUUUCUCGUCUCUUUGGUUAGUUUGGGGCUCUGAAUCAAGCGGCUUAUCGUAUGGAUGAAAUUUGCAAACCAGCUUAUGAGGUUGCAUCCGAUGAAGGGAUGAGCUCUGUCGGGAGAGACAUCACAACAGAGUAUUCUGUUUUCAUCGAGAAGCUGAGGCCAAUCCUAAGUGAAAUGAAGGACGACAAGAAUCUGGUCGGCGAUCUGACAAUCCAGAAGGCAAUUCAGUCGCUGGAAGCCGAGUAUAUGAGCGCAAGGGCAUUAUCGGAAACCCUAAAUUCAUCGCCACUGAAGAAGAUUGAUGAGCAGACGGAGAGUCUCGGGAGGUCAUUAGGGUUUGUGCUGUUUGCCAGCCACGAUGUUCCAAUAGCCAGGAGAUCCGAGGUUGAGGCUUUGCAUAAACAAGUGAUGAAUUCAAGGUCUAAUUCUUAUUCAGAAAGAGACUCGGAUUUCUCUUAUGACUAUUAUAAUCUGGAACUAUUAUCCAAUGAAAUUGUAGAAGAAGAUGAAGAAAAGCAGGACAGGAUCUCUCUUGAUGUUGAUAGUGUUGUGUUGCAGCUCAAGUAUGGUAAUGAUGAAGAUUUGGAACAGGCGCUUGUGGGGUUGAAUUUGUUGAUCACUGAGAGCUUUGUUGAUGUUCAUCACAAUGACAAAGAGAUUAUCUCAGUUCUAUUCAACCGGCUGAAUUCAACUACUGCAAACAACCGAUCGACUAUAAUCCACACACUGAGAAGCCUCGUCGAUCAGAACAAUGACAUUAAGAAAAAGAUGGCUGAGAUGAGAUUUUUGUCCUCACUUGUGAAGUCAUUGUUUGGGGACAUGAACGAGCAGAGAGAGGCAAUGAGGUUGCUAUAUACUCUUUCUGAUAUUCUUUCUGUUAGAAGAAGACUUGGGAGAAUCCGGGGCUGUGUUGUUAUGCUGGUCGCCAUUUUCAAUGGUGAUGACCCAGUGGCUUCUCACGAUGCUGAAAACUUAUUGAAUUCCCUCGCAAUCAAUUCAGAGUACGUUCUUAACAUGGCAGAAGCUGGUUACUUCAAGCCUCUAGUGCACUACCUCAAUGAAGGUUCUGAUACAAGUAAGGUCCAAAUGGCAACCACCAUAUCAAGAAUGGAGCUAACCGAUAAACAUAGAACUUUGCUGGGGGAAGAUGGAGCAAUUGAACAACUAGUCAAAAUGUUCACCAAAGGGAAUCUGGAGUCUAAGCAUUCAGCUCUGGGUGCACUUCACAAUCUGUCUGGCUUGAAAGAGAACGUUAAGCGUUUGGUAAACUCGGGGAUCGUUUCGACCCUUCUUCAGCUUCUUUUCUCUGUCACGUCGGUCCUCAUGAUGCUAAGAGAACCAGCAUCUGCAAUUCUUGCGAAAAUAGCCCAAUCAGAAGGGGGUUUACUAGUCAAACCAGAUGUUGCUCAAAAGAUGCUUUCACUCCUCAACCUGACUAGCCCAGACAUUCAAUGCCAUCUCUUAGAGGCUCUCAACAGUAUCGCCUCACAUUCAAAUGCUUAUGAGGUAAGAGUAAAAAUGAAGCAAAAUGGCGCAAUCCGGCUUCUCUUGCCAUUCAUUGGCGAAACUAACCCAAAGAUUAGAACUGGCGCCUUAAGCUUAAUUCAUAUUUUGUAUGAGGACAUGCAAGGAGAGGUGACAGAACAGUUGGAUGAAACUCAUAUCCAUAUGAUUGCCAAGAUUUUCUCUUCAUCAUCGUCGUCUGGUGAUGAAAAGGCCUCUGCUGUUGGAAUCCUAAGCAAUUUCCCAAAUGUUCUCAUAAGCGAAAACCUAUUACCCGAUUUGGUUUCACUAAUUGCUUUAACAGCUUUACCAUCAAACUUGGCUGAGAGCAUAGCAAAAGUUCUUAUCAGGUUCACACUUCCUUAUGAUAAAAAGCUUCAGCAUUUCAUUGUUGAGCUUGGAGUUAUUCCUGCUCUUGUCAACCUCCUUUCAUGUGAUUCGAUACUAGCCAAACGGAGAGCAGCUACAUGCCUCGCUCAAUUAUCUCAGAAUUCGUUGUCUCUAAGGAAAUUGAGAAAAUCAAAAUGGUCAUGCGGCCCUCCAUCCAUUGAAGGCUUCUGCCAAGUCCACAACGGCUACUGCUCAGUGAAAUCCACAUUCUGCAUUGUCAUGGCUGGGGCUGUCACACCAUUACUACAAAUUCUUGAAGGAGACGAACGGGGAGCAGACGAAGCUGUUCUCAACUGCAUCGCGACACUUAUGGAAGACGAAAUAUGGGAGAAUGGGUGUGAUUAUCUAGUUGUGAAAAGGGGCGUUAAGUCUCUAAUCAAGGUUCUUGAAGUGGGUAGCAGUAAGGCUAAGGAGAAAGCUCUUUGGAUAUUGGAAGGAGUUUUCAGGGUUGAAGCAUAUAGAGUGGAACAUGGUGUAUCCGCUCAGCCGGUGCUUGUUGACUUGGCACAAAAUGGAAAUUCAAAGUUGAAACCGAUAGUGAGAAAGCUACUGGCACAAAUUUAGCUCAACAUAUAGACUAGUUAGUUGGUUACAAUAAUACAUAAUAUAUGUAUAUAUAUAGACUCUUGUAUAUCAUAUAGUGAUUAUUUACUACUUGCAAUAGUUUUACAUUUGCACUAUUCUUAUAUUCUACUUUGACCACAUAUUAUUUAUUAUGGUAUUGA